AUGGAUCCGAUAAAGUAUAUCUUCGAAAAGCCUGUUGUUACUGGUAGAAUUUCCCGGUGGAAAAUGUUAUUGACCGAGUACGAUAUUCAGUAUGUGACCCAGAAAGAAAUAAAAGGGAGUGUUCUAUCUGACUACCUUGCUCACCUACCUAUCGAAGGUUAUCAACCGUUGAGGUUUGACUUUCCAGACGAAUACAUUAUGUUUAUCAGAGACUUCAUUAUGUCAGGCUUUGAAGCAGACCUCGAACCAGGAUCGCGAUGGACGCUCGUGUUUGACGGUGCUUCCAAUGCUCGAGGCCAUGGCAUUGGUGUUGUUAUCACUUCUCCAACCGAUUUCCACCUUCCAUUUAUCGCUAGAUUAUGUUUUGACUGCACCAACAAUAUGGCAGAAUAUGAAGCAUGUAUCUACAAUUUAGAGGCGGAAAUCGACUUAAGGAUCAAGAUUCUUGAGGUAUACAAUGAUUCAGCUCUGGUAAUCAGUCAGGUAAAGGGUGAUUGGGAGACUCGGGAUAGCAAGUUGAUACCUUACAAGGAGCAUAUUAGAAAAUUGGUACCCUACUUUAAUGAAAUCUAUUUUCACCAUAUUUCUAGGGAAGAAAAUCAGUUAGUAGAUGCUCUAGCCACGUUGGCAUCUAUGUUCAAAGUCAAAUGGAAGAACGGAGCACCAUCCAUCCAUAUUGACCACAUAGAUGAACCAGCACAUUGUCUAGCAAUCGAGGAAGAUCCUGACGAUACGCCCUGGUUCUAUGACAUAAAGAGAUUUAUGGGAAAACGACAAUAUCCAGAGGGUAUAUCCAUUACCAAUAAGAAGGCUUUGAGAAGGCUCUCUUCCAAGUUCUUCUUAAACGCUGAUGUGUUAUAUAAGCGAAAUUAUGAUUUUGUAUUGCUCAAAUGCAUGGAUAUACAAGAAGCUAGUACGGUCAUGAAAUCCAUACAUGAAGGCUGCGAGGGUGUACAUGCAAAAGGUCCUACUUUGGCCAAGAAGAUCCUUCGGGCUGAGUAUUAUUGGACGACAAUGGAGGUUGAUUGUUACAACUUUGUUAAAAGAUGUCACAAAUGUCAGAUGUAUGACGACAAGAUCUUUGUGCCACCGACUCUGUUGAAUAUUUUGACUUCUCCAUGGCCUUUUUCUAUGUGGAGCAUCAAUAUGAUUAGGAUGAUAGAGCCUAAAGCUUCCAACGGUCAUCGAUACAUCCUAGUCUACAUCGACUACUUCACGAAAUGGGUCGAAGAUGCUUCAUAUGCUAAUGUCACUUGA